ACAGCCUACGCUUUUGUGCGCGAGUGGAGACGUUUCCGCGUGGUGGGAGGAUAUGCAUGUGCACAAAGAAUCCUCACAUCACGACGAAUUUAGGCGCCCAGUCUAUGCCGUCUGCCUGUGAACAUAUCCUCUAAGCGCAGUCACACGCGUAUACCCGUUUAAAAAUGAAGCAUUUAUUUAUAUAUUUUAUUUCUUUUAUUAAGAAAAGCACACCGAAAGUUUGCUACGGCAGUGCGCGCGGAGUUGACUUGUGCCACCUGUUUCAUUCUGCGUCUAAAUUCGUUGCAAGAUAACGGAACACCGCGCGCUCGCAUUUGUCACUUCCUUGGCCUGCCAAUAGUGUGCUACCAUGCGCUGGUGAGGUUCAACGUUUCCUUUGCUCUUUAAAAUGCAGCCCAUCGAUACAGAUUGCAGGAGGUGGAUGCUUCUUUUUGCGUAUGAACGGUCUUUGAACAAAUGAGAUCCGUUUCAUAAACUAGCCGCGUAUAAAGUGAGUGAUUAAUUACAUUAGAAAUAUGAUUUAUAACGUCAUGUGAGCCGAUAAUGUUCCUCGGACAGCACGUUGUUUAGUAAAGAGGAUUUAAAAUGAUAAAUAACUUCUGAAUUAUCGUCUUAGAUUUGGAGGUUUCAGGUUUCGAUUUUAAACUGUUUCUUGGUCAUUGGAAAGAUGGAUAGACUAUGUGUUGAGUAGUUGUUCACUAGAUUUUAAAUAUCUAAAAUACAUUUGAGGAGAUUUGUAUUGUUUUGUACUAUUAUUUAGCAAGAUAAUAAAUGUAAAAAGAAUCUGGAAAACGAUAGUAUCCGCCUUUUACGUUUUUGUUGAGUUCAGCAGGUGGAGAGAGAAACAGUGAGGUUGACAUUUGGAUGGCUAGGUGUAAAUCAUUUGCUGAUUCUUGCUUUAAUAUGUUUAAUGGUUGGAAUAAUUAGCCGACCGAACACUGAUACAUCGUACGAACUAGGUCGUAAUAUUUUUUUAAUACGAAACGAUUACAGUAAUAAAGUAGCGAAUAACCUACGUAACUCAUUAAAGUCUUCCGUUAUUAACGGUUCACGCGUGUCAUGUGGCUCUAGAGGGCUCGAUUCAGCUAAAUCGCCUGACUGAAUUCGCUGAGAAUGUUUGUCAAGAAGUUGCUACGCCUUAUGCCUGGAGCUACCUUGACUUUCUUCAUAAUCGUGCUCGUGGAUUUACAACUGAGGGCGCGACACACCAAAAAGAGCAACAGAGCAUCUUCAUUCCGGGGGGCAGAACGCACUACACCGACGCAAGAACUCCUAGCGGGAGUGCGCGAACAGAAAUCGCCGGAUAGCCCAUUGGAUUUGGCAGCGGCCAGGCGGACUGGCAGUAGGAUACGGCAGAUGGACCUGCCUUACAGAGGAAAAGAACUGCCGCGCACACUGCCCGAUCCCCAUCUACAGCUCUCGGACAUAUUUAUCGCUGUUAAGACCACCGGCAGAUUUCACAGCACACGCCUGACUCUGUUAUUGGAAACGUGGAUAUCAAGGACUAAGGAGCACACCUACAUCUUCACGGACGCGGAGGAUGGGAGCGCGGCUUUGAAAGGGUACAACAUGGUUGUCACCAGCUGUUCCCCCGAGCACAGCGCCCAGGGGCUGUCCUGCAAGAUGUCCGCAGAGUACGAUCACUUCAUGGCCUCCGACAAGAAGUGGCUGUGUCACGUGGACGAUGAUAACUACGUGAACCCCGGGGCGUUGCUCUCCCUGCUGUCGGGCUUCCCGCCCGGCGGCGACGUCUACGUGGGCAAGCCCAGCCUGGACCAUCCAAUCAGAGCCCACGAGCUGCUGCCGGACAACACCACGAGGGAAGUGGACUUCUGGUUCGCCACGGGAGGGGCGGGGUUCUGCCUGAGUCGGACCCUGGCGGAGAAAAUGUCGCCCUGGGCGAGGGGCCCCAGGUUCGAGCAGACGUCGGCGGUGAUCCGGCUGCCUGAUGACUGCACAGUGGGCUUCAUCGUGGAGCAGCGGCUGGGCAUCCCCCUGGUGCACAGCGCCAUGUUCCACUCGCACCUGGAGAACCUUCUGCUGCUCACACCGCGCCACGUCCCGCUGCAGGUGACACUCAGCUACGGGCUGUUUGAAAACAAGAUGAACAGCGUGGAGCUCCAGGGGACGCUCUCCAAAGAAGAAGACCCCUCAAGAUUCAAGACUGUCCACUGUCUGCUGUAUCCCAUGACAAACUGGUGCCCCUGACCACCUGGACUACAUUUCCCAGCAGCACCCGGGAGCAUGAGCUCAGCGUCGCUGGGGGACCUUCCUGAAGCAGUGGCUCUGGGGGUGAUCGACCCGGCCCUGCAGGACGGCAUCUCUCUCGCUGACAGGGCUGCUGUCAGCCGCUUUCUGGCACGCCGGAGGCACCGGGGGCG